AUGUUGGGGGCAACGUCAGACAGCAGAGUGAAGACGGAGGAGCUCGACGUGGCCAGUCUGGAAAGCGGUGUGGGCCCCCUCGGCAUGCAGGCCAGGGGUGCGAGAGAAUUCUGGGGGUCGGCAGUGGAGCAGGACCUCGCAGAGGCCGCCCUGGGCACGGGCAGGUGGUGCCUGCGUUUCCGGCAGCUGCGCUACCAGGAGGCCGAGGGGCCCCGGGGGGUCUGCAGCCGGCUCCAUGACCUCUGCCAGCAGUGGCUGCAGCUGGAGCAACACAGCAAGGCGCAGAUGCUGGACCUGGUGGUUCUGGAGCAGUUCCUGGCCGUCCUGCCCCCCGAGAUGCAGAGCUGGGUGAGGGGGUGCGGCGCGGAGACCAGCUCCCAGGCGGUGGCCCUGGCGGAGAGCUUCCUGCUGAGCCAGGCCCAGGACCAGAAGCAGCGGGUGCAGCAAGAGCUGCUUGGCCGCGUGGCCGUGGAUUUCCCUGCGGCAGAGCAGGCCCCAUCAGACGCAGGCCAGGGAGCGCGAUCCCGCUGGAUCGUGCAGGAGGCGGGCGGAAGGACCAGCUCUCCGCCAGGGCAGGCUGCCGUGCGGGUGAAGCAGGAACCAGAAAUGUCUUUGGAAAUGGCCACUGGGCUCCCUGAGGUGGAGAAGGAUCCGUGGAUGCCGUCAUGCUCUUCCCCCAAUAUCGAGGGAGGAGGAGCAGCUUCUGAGUGCCGGGAUCAGGAUCUGCGGCCCAUCAAGGAAGAGGCGGAGGAUUUUCCCGCAGAAAAGAUGGUGCUGCUGGAUUUGCACCCACACUUCUUGUGCAGGGAAAUCGCAGGAGAUGGUUGGGAAUCCGUAACCCCUCUGGGAGGUGAUGUGAAGGGGAUGAGGAAUGCUGGACAACCCUGCAGGGUGUUGUUGGAAGCCAAGUGCAAUCAGGAGGAAGAGCAGAACACAAAGACAGAAGCAAACAGGGGACGGAGGAAAGAAUCCUCAAAACCCACAUUCCCAGAAAAAACAGAGAAUGGAAAGGAAGGGAGUCGAUGCCUUGUUUGUGGGAAAAGCUUCAGUAGCAAAUCAAGCCUUAACCUUCAUAAGAGAACGCACACAGGGGAGAAACCAUAUAAAUGCUUGGGAUGUGGGAAAAGCUUUGGUCAAAGGUCUCACACAGGAGAGAAGCCAUUUAAAUGCUUGGAGUGUGGAAAAACCUACAGCCGAAAGUCAUACUUGACUAGACAUCAACGAAGUCACAUGAUGGGGAAACAAUAUAAAUGUUUGAAAUGUGGAAAGAGUUUUAGUCAUAACCAAAACCUUCAUGCACAUCAAAAAAUCCACAAAGGGGGGAAACCAUAUGAAUGCCUGGAGUGCGGGAAAAGGUUUCCUCAGAAGAUACAUCUCUGCAUCUCAGGGUAG